AGAGAUUUCUGGGAAACGAUUCACUCAUUCGGAGAGGAGCAGAAGAGAUUGUUUCUUCAGUUUACGACAGGCACAGACAGAGCACCAGUUGGCGGUCUCGGCAAAUUAAAAAUGAUCAUCGCCAAGAAUGGCUCCGACACAGACAGGCUGCCGACGUCUCACACCUGCUUUAACGCUCUGCUGCUCCCCGAAUACUCCUCCAAGGAGAAACUGAGAGAAAGACUCCUCAAGGCCAUCACAUAUGCCAAAGGAUUUGGGAUGCUGUGACAGGUCCACAAGUUUUUCUACUGCAUUUUAACAAAAAAGGGAGUAUCACACACAAAAAACAGAGGGAUAUGACAUGAAACAAAAUGCUGCAAUAACUCUGUGCCUAACCAGCCUCUAUGACACAUAACUCCGCUGAUGGCCUUUCGCUCUGCGGCCUGACGUCCUUCGAGAUAGUUUCAUAUACGGUACGUUAGAGUUCCCAAAGAGUUAAACACGGCACUUGAUUUUUUUUUUUCUUUUGUGUUUUGUUUUCCGAGCAAACGUGAACAAUAUUUGGUUUGUGAAACUGUGAAAGUGCACUUAAACACAGGAUUUUAGUGAAUGCCAGCACAUGCAGUAUAUUUAUUGACUCAGUUUGAUGUUUUUUUUAGUUUUUCACGGUGUAGCAGUAUUCAGUCCUACGACUCUCUUCCUGUAACUGGGAGUGCACUGGGCGUAAUGGUGCUCCUUGGUAACAAAGUAUAUUAAGGUGAAGCCUUUUUUAUUACUGCUAACCAAAAUAGCCUCGCUGAUGAGCUUUAUUUCAUUUCCUGUCAGUGGGGGAGCAAACUCACCACUAACCUGAAGGUUAUUUUGAAGUAUUUCUGUGUUGUGCCUCUUGUGUUACUUAUGAAGCGCGUGCUGAACCAAACCACAGCUGGUGGUUUGGAUAGCUUGCAGGGUUUCAGAAUGAGUGUUCGGUUCAGACUUUCCUGAACAAAGUGUUUCUCUCGGUUUGUUUGCUUUUAAGUGUUUCUGAUCGCACAUUUGGAAGUGCAGCUGCCAAAUGUGCAACGCCUCUGUAAGGAAAAGAGUCACAUGAAAUGUUUAAUUUGGCCAAAUAUCUCAGGUACAUAAAGAAUGUGCAGAAAAUGUGAAACUUAUGUACAGCAACUAUUAUGCAAAGUAAAUAAAUGUGGAAAGAAAUU